AGCGUGACCACACGGAUCCUUGUCUCCCACCUUCAAUCCCACUGUUUAAUAAUUAGAUAUUGCUUUUGUGUGCGAAGCACUGGCAUAUUUACGAGUCGAGCAAAACCGAACCGUAACCGAAAAACCGAACUGAAGAGAGAUGGAGUUGAGUAAUGUGACGCUGGAGAUAUUUUCGAAGCUUGAGCAGAAGUGGCUGUAUCACUGCGAUGGGAAGAAGACGCGUGUCCUGAGUAUCGACGGCGGCGGGACGACCGGCAUUGUCGCCGGCGCUGGCUUGGUUCAUCUCGAGGAUCAGAUCCGGAGGAAGACCGGGAAUUCCGCCGCGAAAAUCGCCGAUUUUUUCGAUGUUAUCGCGGGGACGGGGAUCGGCGCUUUGUUCGCGGCGAUGAUCGCCGCGGACGACGGCGCCGGGCGGCCGAUGUACUCCGCGGAGGAGGCGGUGAAGUUUGUUAACGAGAAUCAGUUGAAGCUGUAUAAGCUCAAAAACGGCGGCGUUUUUAGGAAGAAGAAGAGGUUUGAUAGUAACAGCAUGGAGAGAGUGUUGAAGCUCGCGUUGACUCGCGACGACGGCACGGUGUUGACUUUGAAGGACACGUGUAAGCCUCUCCUCGUCCCCUGCUUCGACGUGAAGAGCUCGGCGCCGUUCGUCUUCUCCCGCGCCGACGCCACCGAGUCGCCGAGCUUCGAUUUCGAGCUUUGGAAAGUGUGCCGUGCCACGUCAGCCACCCCGUUCCUGUUCAAACCGUUCAAUCUGACCUCAAUUGAUCAACAAACUUCGUGCCUCGCCAUCGACGGCGGCCUGGUGAUGAACAAUCCCACCGCGGCGGCGCUCACUCAUGUCCUCCACAAUAAGCGCGACUUUCCGGCGGUUACAGGCGUCGAGGAUUUGCUCGUGCUGUCGCUUGGAAAUGGACCGUUAUGGAAUGAAGUGACGAAAAAAGUGAGACGUAACGGGGAGUGUGUGAAAUCGUCGAUUGUUGACAUUGUGCUUGAUGGAGUCUCGGAAACGGUUGAUCAGAUGCUCGGGAAUGCGUUUUGCUGGAAUCACUCGGAUUACGUCAGAGUUCAGGCAUUUGCUUGUGCGAGUGAAGGAGAAAAGCCGACAGCGGAGCAAGUGUUGAAAGAGAGAGCCGUCGAAUCGCUACCAUUUGGCGGUAAGCGUUUGUUGGCCGAGACGAACGGAGAUAGGAUUGGAAACUUUGUGCAACGCCUUGUUGCUACAGGAAGGAGUAGUCUACCACCAAGUCCGUGCAAAGAUAUCGUAGUCAGCCCUCUUGCUAACGGCCGUUAAUAGUUCCCUGCAUUUCGUUAGUUUCAAAUUUUCGAAAAUUCAAAUUUGUAGUUAUCAGGUUGCUUUAAUUGUCCCUGUAAUCGAGUUUGAUAGAUAGAAAUAACAUGGCGACCUAUUUUUAAGCA